AUGUCUCUGCUUCUCUUGAAGCGCCGCCUUGGGGAACCUGCGUUGGUAAGAAGAUCCUAUCUUCUUCUACUCACUAACAACUUCUCAUCUUCCUUGCGGCAAACUCCUCCUUGCUACAUCGUCGGCGCUAAAUCUUGUGGAUGGGGUCUCGGAAGGCUCGCCGUUUCCUAUGCUAAUCAAGAUUCUAGAGUCACUUAUUUGGAUAAGAGAGCGCCUAUGGAGUUGGUUUUCAAUUUUCUUAGUAAAACAAAAUUGGUAACGACGAUCGGGGCAUCACAUGGCUGGGUAGCUACUCUCAGGGACGACGGGAUCCUGCGUCUCCAAGACGAUCUAAGCCCUGUUGCCUCCGAUAUAGACCCGAAACGCAUCCCUCUGCCUCCUCUUGUGACUCUGCCUCAUUGCCAAACCCAAAUCGUCACCAACGUGGCCAUGUCCUCUCCUUCUCCAGAGGAUGAGGACUGUGUCGUGGCUGUCAAGUUCUUGGGACCGCAGCUCAGCUUUUGCAGACCCGCGAACAAACCGGAGUGGACCAACAUCAGGAUCGAAAACCCCUGA